AUGUCACCGAUUGGAAAACGAAAUACACGAUCACGUACAGUUAUGAACGAAGAAGAUACGACAAAAAAAUCAAUGUCAAUAUCCUCAAUACAAAAAAAUAAUGGUAAAAGAAUUUGUUUUUAUCAUAGAAGUCAAUUAAAAUCUUUAGGUCAACGAGUUGGUGUUAAACGAGCUGGUACUAAACGAACCUUAAAUAAAGAAAAACAAUCGUUCAAUGAGCGAGGCGCUGCUUUGGCAUCCGACGAAAUGAUAACAAAUUCAUCAAUCGAUCAACGUACAUAUAGUAUGUUACAACCUGUUGCUUUUGAUGCAUUUGAUAAUCUACACGGUCCACCAAAUUCACCACGUCCACUUAUAAUUGAUACAACGGAAGAAACAGUAUAUUCACAAGUCCGUGAAUCCAAUGUUGAAGAACAAAAACGAUCAAAUGAAACAUUCAAUUCAUCACGUACACCACUCGGGAAUAAAAAAUCCAAAAAUAAAUUGUCAAACAAUGUUGCAAAUUCCUAUGUUACUACGGAUUAUUCUACAAAUAGUGAUGAACAAGAAAUUUCGACGAAUAACAACAAAACGAAUGUCAACAGAGCAGUUGCUGUUGACACAAACACAUCCAAUGCUUAUUCACACACACCAAAUCAUGAUAGAAACGUAUCCAAUACUUAUUCACAGACACCAAGUCAAUCAAUUGUUGUUUCAGUAGAUAGGUCUCCACGAAGUUCAAAUGAAGAAAAUGCCUUCAAUCGUCGAACACCAGCUCCACGACGUCCAUCUCGUAAUCAACAAGCUAAUAAUCAUGCUGCAACGGGAUCCAACAAUUCAUUUUCCAUGGAUUCUAUAUCAUCCGAAACGUAUGAAAUAUUGUCUCGAUUUAUUGAAUUUCGACAAUUAGUAAAAGCCUAUAACACUGAACGACAAUCAGCUGAAACAUGGAUGCGUGAUUUUGCUCGCCUUAAACGAAAAUAUAAACAACUGCAAGAGAAUUCUUUUCCUCGGCCACCGGCAAGUGCCUUAAAUUAUCUACUUGAUUUAGUGACACAGAUUCAACGAUCCAGUGGUCAGAGUGAUUCUCGAACUGAUGAACAACUGGCUAGGGAUUUAGGUGUCAAUCAAAUUAUUUUGAUGAGUUUAAAGCAUUCAACUCCUCAACAAACGGCACUUAAUGUAUUUAACCACCUUUAUCCGGGUUAUUCUACCAAAAUUGAAUUAGACUCGAUUGCCAAGCUGGAGUUAUUGAAACCUGGUCUGGUUGAAUCAAUAUUGGUUUUUGCUCAACGCGCUGCACCUGGCGUCAGAUACAAGAUGGAAGAUGUUCGGGAAGCCUUAAGCAGUUGUAUUAGAGGAGCUCGAUAUCAACAACGAAAAGCAAAUCGUGGUAUUGCUAAUGUUCUGUAUUUAUUGGAGAACCACAAUGAUGAUCAAACUGGUUCUCGAAGAAACAUGAAUCAAAAUGUUAACCACGAUGAUGAAAGUGAUACAAAUGUUAUGGACAUCGAUGAAUCUAUUUAA